AUGCUCGUGGUUACAUCUGCAGCCCGCAGCGGCAUCGCUACCUCGAUGUGCGGCGGCGUCAUCAGGCACAGCACCCGCACAAUCAGCCACAACCAUUCUGUCCACAAAGCGAGCGGAACGGCAGGUAACCCAACCCCCCGGGAGCUCGGUUUCCGUAUGCCGGGAGAGUACGAACCCCACGCCGGCACGUGGAUGGCCUUCCCGUACGAUCCGUACUUGUGGCGCGACGAGGCGCGACCGGCGCAACAGCAACAAGUGGAAAUAGCCCGGGCAAUCUCCCAGUUCGAGCCCGUGUGGAUGCUGGCAGACCCGAAGGCACGCAUGAUGGACAUACUUACAGUGUACGACGUGGCACGUAGCUACUUCCGCGGGAUCUCUGGGGUGGAGGUCAUCAACAUGCCAACCAAUGACGUUUGGACGAGAGACUGGGGGCCCACGUGCGUUGUACGGGACGAUCCUGUAACCGGCGAACGUGAGGUCGCUGCGGUGCACUUUGACUUCAACUGCUACGGCUCACCCAUAAAAAUGGAGCACGGCCUGCCGCCGCUGCUCCCCGACUGGUCAAAAGACCGGGCGGCGGGCCGCAGCCUAUCGCGACAGGGGGCCGCCGCGACCGGGGCGCCGAUGCGAGUGUUCGAGUGCCCGCUUCACUUGGAGGGCGGUGCCGUACAGAGCGACGGAGCCGGAACACUUUUGGUGACAGAGGAGUGCUUGCUGCACUACUCGCGCGAUCCGGAACUGGACUCGGCGGGGAUCGAGGCCCUGCUGCGGGACUACCUGGGGGCGGAACGCGUGGUGUGGCUGUGGAAGGGCAUGGUCGGCGAUGAACAGGGUACCAACGGUCACGUGGACAACGUAGCUGCCUUUGCCGCACCGGGCAUUGUGCUGUUGGCUUGGAGUGAUGACGCCGACGACCCGCGCCUCCGGGAGGUCUGCGCGCGCAACCUGGCGGCUCUGGACAGACAUACAGACGCACAGGGUCGUCCGCUGCGCGUCAUCAAGGUGCCCUGCCCACACCCGCCCCUGGCGGUGCGACCGAACGAGGUGAACGCUCUGGCGGCGGAGGGACUGGCGGCGGGGUAUGCCACGUGCAUGCCAGCGGGCCGGCGGCUGCCGGCGUCGUACAUUAACUAUUACGUGGCGAACGGCGGCGUCGUGGUCCCCCAGUUUGGCGGAGAGCAGGUGGCUCCGAUCGUAUAUUGUACAUCGCAUAUCCGCGCAGCCGUCAUGUCCUUCAUCCUGGGUGAUGCACGGCCAAUGGCGGCCACUGUUCUGAUACAUCAGCAGACAUUGUGCACUCGUUUGAUCUAG